AUGGCCGCUGCCGCUGCGAAGCUGGCCGGCUCCAGCUCAGCUACAGCAUCCACAUCAGCAGCACCGGCCAAGGACGACUCGCAGGCCAACGCUCUCUACAAAGAAAGAGAGAAGAAGCGAUGCCAACUACGCGCUGCCAACCUACAAGCCUGGACUUCCGGUCCACCAGCAACACCAAAGACCCUCGAUUCGAACCUCAAGAAGAACACAGCGUUCGUCAAGCGGGUCAAGCAGAGCAUUGGUCAAGAUGCUCGCGACCAGCUUCUCAAAGACCUGCCUCAGCUCAACCUAGAGAAAUAUUUGCAAGAGCUCACACAGGCGGUACCUGAGGGCUUGUCGAGGUGUGCCACAGCGAAGGACUGCUUUGCCGCGGCAGAGAUCGUCUCCGCAUUUCAUGUUCGCUUUGGUGGUGAGGCUUUCAGCUUGCCCCUCACUAUUGCGCUUGAGCAGGCACUAGCUCCUGCAAGCAAGACUGUCUACCAGAAUGCAACAGCAGAGCAAAAGGAGAGAGACGAGGCUGCUCGAGUAGCUCGUCAAAAGCCGCUGCUUCGUGUGACGGCAGAGCUCGCGCUCGUUGAAGCGAUAGGUACCUCGAACGACAACAAGGGAGCAGCCUGGCUUUACACCCUUCUCAAGAACCUCUUAGCUACCGACAAAGAGCACAGCAACGUUCCGCUACUCAUCUCCAUCCUCAAAGGUCUCGGUCAGUCCAUCCUAGCUCCACCUGCAGCUAGCGAUGCUGAUACGCAACUUUCUAAGCAGGCCAACUCACUCACUCUAGGCGAAGUUGUCGACAUGAGCGCCGUCGAAGCAGCCGAUCCAGCAACUGCCCCUCUCGUUUCGUCAGAUAUGCAGGCCAAGUUUCGCAAACUUAUCGAGAGCUACUUCCAGACUCUUGCUCGACGCAUCGUCAAGGAACACCAGAGGUUGCAGGACCAGGAUCGCAAGAACCACGAAGCCUACAUUCGUUCUGGAGAGAUAUUUGAGGACCGUCAGCAGAACUACGAACGCAUGACGAAGAGCUUCGAGCGCGUUCGGGACUGGGGUCGGAUCCUGUCGGACCUACUCCACGUGCCGAUGCCUGAACUCGAGUCUUCAGCUUCGGCGAGCAACGCCGUCGGCCUGGGCGUCAACUUGGAUUCAAAAUCAGCCUUCGAGCGGGCAGAUGAAGAAUUUGCGACGGAUCAGAGUCCAUGGGAGGACCAAGACUCGCAAAAGUUCUACGAAGAAAUCUUGGAUCUGGGCGACAUUAUCCCUCCUGCGAUCCUGGCACAGACUACAGGCAUCAGCACCAACGCUUCCAGCAUCGGUGGCAGAGCAGAUUGGGCAGAGGAUGGAGCCAGCCGCAGCGAAACAGACCCAGUCAGCACAUCGUCAGGACUGAACACGCCUCAACUCAACGCUGAUCAGACUGACGAAGUAAUGAAUGCUGGACCUGCUGCACAGCUUGCUACACUCAUGGCCAAGUUGCUGGACAUGACCAACCGCAGUAUGAUCGAUAGCGCUGCGGUGGACUUUGCUUUCAUCGCCACCAAGCCCGCUCGCAGAAAGUUGAUCAAGCAUCUCGCUUCCCUUCCACGGAACCGCAUCGAUUUAGCGCCAUACUACGCUCGUCUCGCUGCAACGCUCAAUCGCUACAUGCCAGACGUUGGCUCUGGUCUCACAUCUUUACUCGAAGACGAGUUCCGCUACCUGCAACGCAAGAAGAACGUCGACCUCACCGAGACCCGAGCAAAGAACGCACGCUUCAUCUCAGAGCUCACCAAGUUCAAAGUGACACCAACACAUGCUAUCUUCCACUGUCUCAAGACAUGUCUCGAGGAUUUCACUGGGCCUAACAUCGAUGUGCUCGCUUCAUUGCUCGAGGGCUGUGGACGAUACCUUUUGCGCACGGAAGCAACAUCAGCAAAUAUGCGUAGCAUGCUCGAAAUGCUGAGGCGAAAGCGUGCAGCUGCCAAUCUAGACUCUCGCCAGCUGCUCCUUCUCAAUAAUGCCUACUACCAAUGCAAUCCACCCAAGCGCAAAGCAGCCGAGCAGAAAGUCCGAUCCCCGAUGGAGCUUUACAUCCGUCAUCUCAUCUACCAUGUUCUCACAAAGAAGAUGGUCGAUCACGUUGUUAUGCAGCUCCGGAAACUUAACUGGGACAAUCCCGAGGUGUACGGAUGGCUCAAGGAUGCAUUCACUCGAGCAUGGAGAAUUCGAUACUCCAACAUUCACCUGCUCGCUAUCCUUCUUUACGAGCUCGACAGAUUCCACCCUUCCUUCGCAGUCGAAGUCAUCGAUCAGAUCCUCGAGAACGUCCGCAUCGGUAUGGAAGAAAACAUCUUCAAGCACAACCAGCGACGCGUUGCCACCAUCUGCUACCUUGGCGAGCUCUACAACUACCGUCUCAUCAACAGCGGGAUGUUGUUCGAGCAGCUCUGGUCGCUUGUCACUUUCGGUCAUCCCAACGGCAGGCCGUGGCCAGGGCAAGUGGCACCACUUGACGCGCCAGAUGAUUACUUCAGGAUCAGACUCGUCUGUACAUUGCUAGACACGUGUGGUGUCUGCUUUGACAGAGGGUCGUUGCGGAGGAAGCUGGAUGACUUUUUGGUGUUUCUGAACGUGUAUGUGCUGUGUAAAGAACAGCCGUUGCCUAUGGACGUCGACUUUAUGUUGAUAGAGACACUGGAGACGCUGAGGCCGGAGUUGAAAUUCAAGAGGGUAUUUGGAGAUGCAGCUGCGGCAUGGGAGGAGAUGAUGGCUGUGAACAGGCAGAAGACUGCUCAGGUGGGAGCGGCGGACGAGGAAGAGGAGGAAAGUGACGCGAGAAGCUCGGACGAGGGUCCGAGAGCAAACGGACAGAGCGGUGAGAGUGGGGAGAAGAGACGCAGAGCCAAGGGAAGGAAUGCUGUCGAAGGUGACGACACUUCGGAUAGUGACGACUCGUCUGGUUCUUACACUUCCUCAUCGGGCUCAGCGCAAUCCGACGAGGAGGAAUCUUCCCCAUCGGGUUCUUCUGAGGACUCGGAUGCGUUACGUUCGGAUGCAGGAGACUCUGACGUCUCUGACGCCGACUCGGACGAGGAAGAUGAAGUGAGCCGUCACCGCAUGGACGAGGAACUCGCUCUCCGCAAGGAAGCGGACGACGAAUUCGACCGCGAGCUCGCAAGAAUGAUGGCUGAGUCUAGCUCUUCAGGUUCUUCAGCUGCCCCGGCUCAAGUCAGCAACGCCGCUACAAGCAACCCGCGAAGCAUGCAUCUCUUCUCACGAGGUGGACUGUCCUCCACCAACACCGGCUACAAUCACGGCCAUAUCCACGUUCACUCUCACGCUUCCGGCUCAGGCGGACUUUCCGAGAUCGGCCUUCCCCUUCGCAAGAAGCCUUAUGAGCAGACCCACAGCACCAUUGUCGAGGACAACAGCUCGCAUAUGAAGUUCUCUCUCCUUUCCAAGAAGGGCUCUAAGCAGGUCACUCACGAAGUUCACGUCCCCUCGACAGCUUCUAUCGCGAUCAACACACGCUCGAAGCAGCUGAAGGAAGAAGCGGAACGUAAGCAGCUCAAGGAGCUGGUACUAGCGUACGAGAGGAGCUCGGAGAAUCAACAGCACAGCUCGCCACUCCCGCCACAUGGGUCUUUCUUGCGUCGUCAGAACCAGCAGCAGGAGCAAACGCAGCAGCAGCAACAAUCACAGCAACAGCAGCGCGGACUGCAGUCAGCAAGAGGCGGUAGAGGUGCUGCGGGCGACGAUUUCAAGAUUUGGACCAGUCACGGCUUUUAG